AUGUUACUGCUGUAUAUACUACUAUUUCUACCUGUAUUCGUCGCAACACAGGGAUCGCAAUCAAUGAAGACACUGGACCGAGAGAUGAUGCGGAACGACUCUACAGACUCUUUAGACUGGAUUGGUGAAAGCUUUUUGAACAUCGUUGAUACAUUUUCUCCAGUUUCAAAAUCGUGUGGUAAUAUAGAAGGGCGUAAAGAUAAGAAAUUCAAGAAACUGAAUAAGUAUGUUCUGCCUUUGCUUAUUGGGUUUUUGUUGAUAAAAUCUAUUCUAUUGCCCAUCACGUUAAAGGCAUUGGCAGUUCUAAGUGGGAAAGCUGUUGUGCUAAGUUUGAUGAGCUUAAUUCUGGCAGCUAUAGUUGGAUUAAAAAAGGUUGCCCAGAAGGAGAGCAGCUACGAAUCAAUCAACAAGUACAGACGACAGGAUAUAUACGGUUUCGUUGACGACGUGCAAGAAUUCGAACCUUAUCGAUUUUACAAAGAACGACGUAGAAAGAAGUGA